AGUUUCUCACGUAAUGCAGCCGAAUAAAUUCUACAAGAGACAAAUUGGUCGGUAGUUUGUCGCUCGCGCAUACACCACGACACGCGGGGAAUUUGCUAGAUUCAGAGAACCCCAGCUCGGAAUAUGGGUUCUUCCAAUAGACUGCGGAACAAAAGACCAGCUCUUCUGUCCGGCACCCGCCCACCGACUGUUAAGGCAAAACAUGCAGCCUUGUCAUCAAAAGCGACUCGGAAUCUCAUCCGAUCACACCACCGACUACUCAAAGCGCGAGCCCAGGCUGUACAGGCUGGUGAUGAAACUUUAGCUGGCAUGAUCGAUGCACAGAUCCGGGAAAACGGAGGCUUGAAAAGCUAUCAGCUCGCGAGCAAACUUGGACAGUCUUUAGACCGUGGAGGUGACUCUAGUAAGGUCUUGGUCGAUUGGAUAGCUUCUCGAUUACUGCCGCUGGAAAACACGCCUUGCAAGCUCCGAGUACUCGAGAUCGGAGCUCUAAGUACGAAAAACGCUUGUUCUACGAACAAGUGUCUUGAUGUCACUAGAAUAGAUUUGAAUUCCCAAGAACCGGGAAUUCUAAAGCAGGACUUUAUGGAAAGGCCGCUCCCCACCGAUGCGAGCGAUAAAUUUCAUAUUAUCAGCCUUUCCCUGGUACUCAACUAUGUUCCAGAUGCCGCUGGUCGAGGUGAAAUGUUGAAACGCUGCAUAUCCUUUAUGACAAAGUCGCCUCCCUCUGGCUCUUCUCUUGCUAUCACACCCAGCCUGUUUUUCGUUUUGCCGGUCGCUUGCGUCACCAAUUCGCGCUACCUCACAGAAAGCCGGUUGCAAGACAUUAUGUUUAGUAUGGGCUUUGUGUUGGCAAAGAGCAAGCAAAGCUCUAAGCUAAUAUUCCAACUUUGGGAUCAUGUUGGCGAAUACAUGCCCAACUCCUUCAAAAAAGAGACUUUGAACCCUGGCAAGAUAAGGAACAAUUUCGCGAUAAUAGUCAAGUGACAAUGAUGUCGAAUGCGAGGGCAAGAAAGAGCCUCUACCCGGAGGUUCAUAGUGCAGAGAUGGCAUCCUGCGGCAGGAAUGACCAUGCAGUCCCAAUUAAUGCCAAUACUGAGGAUAUUAUCAGAAGGCACCAGUCCAGUACUCGUUCCCUUGGACUGAUCUCAUUGCCAAAUAUUUUCAGAUAAAAGGCAAGCGGCAAUAUGAUGCAGAUAGUGAAGCAUAAAGCCGACCCCAUCAAUGCCAUGAU